UACAUUAAUGACGUUGGUAGGCCAAGCUACCGCACCCACAUUUAACUUGACAGAGCUUAACAAAUCAAUAUAUAAAAUAAAUAGAGCCAAAAAAAGAAAUAAAAUAUGAUAAUAUUACAAGAGUAUGGUGAUUAGUGUAAUUAGCUGAGCUGUUUGAGAUGAAGGGGUUGUUAUAAAAUAAAAAAAGAUUAUUAUAUAUUGUAAGCUAAGUAACAGAUGCUUUUUUCAACAGUUCACUUUUUUCUUUGCUUCUCCACUGCUUACAUAUUCCUAUAUACAACUCGAUUAUGCUCUCGCUCCGCCAGAAGUCCGCAGUAAUUUGACUGCAAUAAACGGAGUUUCUGAUACUUACUAACAUUCAACUCUUGUCGAGGUCAAAAAGUUAGCGGAGCAUCUCAGGAUAUUUGUGUCAUAUACGGUGUAGACUCGUUGCCUCAGGGUACUGUUGAAAGAUUGUUCACGAAGUUUACUAAUGGCAUUUUAAAUCUGGAAAAUAUACCCAACUCCGAUUGACUAUUUGAAGCGAAUAAUAAAGCUGCGAGCAUUUAGCUAUUAACAGACAUUCUCAGUGUACGGAACCCUAUAAAAAUUAAGAGUCUCGGCGUUACGAGGCGUAGUUAUAACAAAAUGAUCGCGUCAGUGCAUCACCGUCGAGCGCUGCCUAGCAAAGUAUGUCACACAGUUCCCUGUCAAUUACCAUACGACGUUCGUGUAGAAUAUUAAUAUGCCUCAGUCAAUCUAGGCUUAACUACGGACACAUUAUAAAGAAAGUAACAACGACGCAUAGAACAAGCAUCCUGUCAUGAAAAAGAUCGCGAUGAGAAUCGGAUAAUUUCCUUUGACGUCCGGACAGAUUAUACCCAGAUCAGUGAUGUAUUCAAGCAAUAGUCCAGAAAACAACAAACAUAAUUCAAGUCAGUGUUUGGUGAAGUUCGACACGGUUUCUGGUGGCAACUCAGCAGGCAAAGAACUUUAGGCAUCAUUAAGUUAUUUAUUCCAGAAAACGAACAAUGGAGAUGCAAAAACGGUCGAAGAGUUCAAAGAACGCAUGGAUCAGCAAACAACGAGGUGCGGAUAUGAGAACUUUAAGAAGCCCAGGGAUAAACUAAUCCUAGGGAUGCGUUUAGAGAGGCAUUUCUUCGUGAAGAGUGCCAAAAGAAAAAAAACAGACCAGGUCGUAGGCGCACUGAAAACAAAGAAAAUGAGCGUGACCUGUCGGUAAUCAAACGGGACCGACGAGGAAUGUACGGUGCCAAUGAGCAAAUAAAUGAUGUUAUUGUGAUACCCCAGGGCAGAGGGCAACACUGCACAGGUCGAAAAGUAAGAAACAAACAACAACGAAGAAAACCGCGUCAAAACUCUGGGCGUUUACAUUUUACACGAAGAUGCCCAGCUAUGGAUCAAACGUGCAGUGAAUGUAGCACAUAAGAUGAUUUAGCACGCAUACGUACGUCGAAGUAUAAUAAUUCUUAAUAACUGGAAAUAAACAAAAGAUAGAAAUUCGGACGUUCCUUGACACAAGAGCCGCAGGCGAUGCCAUGGGCCAAUGGAUCUUUUUGAAACCCCCAUUACCUCAACAGAGCUUUCCAAUUAAGCUAGAAGGAUUGACCAGUCUUCAAGAUGCACGAUGAUUCAUAAGUAAUCAUAAUGGGAUCAAUCAAGUAAAAAAGACAAUUAGAUUUUGAGUUGUUGAUGAUAAAAACGCUGCUAUCUGCAAGUAUAUGUUUCUGAUUACAAUUGAUACAAGUGUCGCGAGAGGCUCAAAGCGUAAACAUUGAGACAAAGAAACUCUCGUUGAGGAAUACAAGGAUCUGUCAACAUCUAGGCCAGGUGCGACAACAACUCUAAAUUCACGUCAAGGCAGGAGUCGGAGCAAUUCGAUAGCCGCGACUCAUUGCUUUUGUGAAAGCCAUCGUCAACCAAAUCAAACAGCUAGAAGGUCUGGGAGUUAUCCAAAAAGUGGACCACCCUAUGGAACGCAUGUAAAAUCCCGUCGCUGUACAUCAACCUGGACGCGACCUAAAGCGCCUGUUUUGGAUACACACGCGCUAAGUAAGGCUAUGCGUAGGCCACAAUAUUCCAUAUUUCUAUAAUAAAUGGCACUCUAUUACCACACAAAACAGAAUAUUCUUGACAUGGAAUUCUAAGGACGAAUUUUACUAAACGGUAUUAAGCCCGGAAAGGCACGACCAUACAACAUUUUGGAUUCCCACCAGUAGGUAGAUAUGAAUACUGCGGACCGUCAGCCUAAAAGACAGCCUAACAGACAAAACCGACACAAGUUUAUGAAGAAUGUGGUUGGAUUCCCACCAGUAGGUAGAUAUGAAUACUGCGGACCGUCAGCCUAAAAGACAGCCUAACAGACAAAACCGACACAAGUUUAUGAAGAAUGUGGUUGUGGUAGCGGAUGUUAUAAUAAUGUGGGUAAAAACGAAACGCAAGUUUGAAAAUUAUCAUCGAAACUUACAUGCCUUGUUUGAGCAAGCACAUAUAGUGGGGUCACGUUUUGAUAAAGCCAAGCUUCGAUAGCAGUGUCUGAGUCCAAGUUCAUGAAUUAUCUGAUCAGUAAAGAUGAACUCAAAGAAGACGCAGAAAAAGUAAAGAUUAUUAGCGAAAUGCCGUUGGUGUGACAAUUACCUGUUACCUUUUACACCAAACCUAUUACAACACAACCCGUAGAUAGACGUAUAUAAGAAUACGAAUAUUACUAGUAAAGCCGACAACAAAAGACUUAAACCCAUCACAAAUAAACUUACUCCAACGUAUUUCUACAAAGGAAGAUCUAUAGUACUUCAGAUAGACUAUGUGGUUAUGCAAACUAAAGUGUCUAGCAAUACUCGUUACCCGUAAGAAGUUCGAACACUACAUCUAGGCUAAAAAUAAUGUAACAAACCAUUCUGGUCACAAGUCGCUGGAGAGCAUACCUUUAUAAGCUCUAGACUCUCGCCCAAAACGACUUUAGCGGAUGCGUCCUGAACUUAUGAGAUACAAUAUAACAGUGAAAUACAUACCCGGGAAGAUCAGUUGAGUCGAGGCCUUUUAGGAGGAAGAUAUCUCAAAGGAAGGCAUAUGUCGAUUUAUAGCAGCUAAGAUGAAAAAUCAAAAAUUUAAAGAGAUCAGGCUAUAUGGACAUAUUUGAAUACUAUAAUAUGCAUAUCGAAUUAUUGUAAUGAAGGACUAAAAACGAAGAGGACUUCCCAAACAUACUAGGGAAGCACUUGGAACUCAAGAAUAAAUUGUUUAAUUGUUGCAGUGGCAACGCUAAUCAGCAGCACCGGUUUUUCCUAUAACGUCGCCGGCUGCAUAAAGAAUAAGAAAGUAGUCUUUCUUAUCUUAUUAUCGUCUGCGCCAGAGAUAGAAACUAAUAAUUUUAUAACUUCGAACAACGAUAUCGGAUAUAAGUUCUAAAAUAUCUAACAUAAAAUCCCUAAAAACUUGAGUGCCAUAAUGUACUCCCAGAGAGCUUAUCACAAUACUGCAUGAGGUAUAAUUUAACGUCAUAAGAAAUUGUGUUCUUUAUGGAAUUUGCCUCAUACUUUAAGGAUUAACCGACAGUUUUUCAUUCUUGGCUUUCAUAGUUUGUUUUACAGAACGCGUAUAACACAUUCGAGCUUAGUUAAUGAAGAACUUUUGGUUCAAUCCUGUUCACUAAAUCACUAUAUGUGAGAGCUGACUGGGCAGCUGUAGAUUGCCUUCCUAAACUUACGGUGAUGGACUUCCUUAUGGUUUUAUUCAUUUCCGUUAUUUGAAAUGCAUACAAAGCGCAUUAGUUUGAUAUAUAUAGCCAACACUGGGUUAUAUAUAUUCAACCAAUUUUGACAGCACCUUUUACUAGACCCGGUUAAGAUAAAUUAUAACUUUAGUAUCUAGAACUUCACUGCUUUAGUUAUUUACAUAUAGUUCUUUAAACUUGUACAUUUUAGUUUUGUUGAUUACCUAGCAGGAAGAGAGCAGGACUUCUAUUAGGCAGGUAGUUGGGGCUAAUGGUCGGCGGAGUUUUGGGGAAGGGCGAACUGCUCCGACAAAGCCACUUGUUGGCGCCCUGCGGCGAAGCCGCGAGCAUGUCCGCCAUCACCCAUCGCAAGCAACCCUGCACAUAAGGUCUCACUUCUAUUGCAUUGGUCCGAUCGGUGUGACAUCUGUUUGCUAACUCGAAUAAUUGUCCUGGAGUAUUAAUAACUUGCCGAAAAACAGGACUCCUCAUUCUGCAGCUGUUCCUAUUUAUGUUAUAAUAUCACAGUGAGUUAAAACGGGAGAGACUGAAGGCGCUACGAAAUAAAUCAAUCAAAGCAGCGACCAGUGGAACUCUAUGUAUUGCCACGAUGUUACCGCGAUUGUUGCUGGAAGUAGUUGCUUGCCUGGUCGGUUAGCUGGGCCUUUGCCUCGACAAUCAUCAUGUUGACGGCGGGUGCCCAACCGCCCACCUGCCCCCGUACCCCGUGUCGCGGUGUAACCGGCCACAGUAGUAUUCUUAGUAGUAAAUCGGCGGCGGUCACUGGCAACGAGCGAAAGCUAGCACUACGAAGGGAAGGCGGCUUCACUGUAUAUAUGUAUGUACAAUGGUGGAGGUGGGUGUAGACGGCAAUAGGCACUGACGGGAGAGCGCCCUGUCGCCGCUUGUCUACGUCGGGGCCCGUUAGGCGGCGCCACCAGGCUGUAGCGAAAGCCCUACACUGGCCAGUCUGCGCGUCCUUCCCCGACUAGUAGCUCUUUCAACAGUUUCUCGUGAAACUAACUGACUAGUCUCAUUGAGUUCCUCAUGGUUACUCACCUGUCGAGCUCGAGCGUUUAUCUCUAAAUGAUUUCAUUUCUGAGAUUCGUGUGUGUUGCCACUAGAGCACGAGCCCAGCUUCCGUCUCCACCGUUUGAGCAUCACCAGUAGCAAUUUCCACCUAAGACCACUCUAGAUCAUCAGAAAAUAUCCUGUAGCUGCCGACGACGGCGACAUCCAUGCAGUGUGGUACCCCCGGCAGCAGCUUACCAAACGAGCACCUGUAUGUGUAUAUUUGAUUCGUGUAGUUCGUGCAACGCUCAGGUGAUAUCCGGUGACGUGCGAGUCGUGCAUGUACAAUUGAGCAAGGAACUGUCUCAUUUGUAUGUAGCUUGUAAUAGGUGGCAAGCGAUUCCACGCAACUUGAGACUCCGUGCGCGGCAGAAUGUAUGGGGCUAUGGAUGGCGCUCCGGAGGAGCGGCCCCGUGAUGAACGGACCCAAGAAACGUCAUAAACGAACUGUUAGUCCGGUUCGGGAAACUAAGGGGAUACAGGAACUUUUUGCAAAAUGGAGACUCUAAGAGACAACAAAAUGUCAGCAGGCAAUGCCUUCCUCUUGGGUUGCCUGGUUCCUUCAAGCGUCUCACCAGAGUAAACGCGCGUGACAACUCUUUGCAAUAAGUGCCGAAAAUUUAUCUUCAAACACAGCCACCACACGCGUACAGAUGCCAAUAGCAACAGAACAAGGAAGGUGCCCGAUGAUCAUAGAUGCCUGUGUCGACCACCCAACUAACGUUAGAUAUGAGGAAAAGCUCUAGCCGCGCAGUACAUUUCACCAAAUAGUCUUUUAGCAGCUCUGACAUAAAUGACCGGAUUUGGGCACUUGUAAACAGCAAGCCUCGCCUUCUUAUAUAACUGAUAGGAUACAAAGACGCGUGAAGUAGAAGAUUGUGUACGCAUAGCUUACCCUCUGCAACCAGCUCAGUAGAAUUCGCGUAGUUGAACGUUUUCGAUCAUUAGUUCUAUAGAUGUCACUUACGGGCGAAUUUAUUGAAAGCCUCAUGGGAAAGCUUAUCAUCUAUUUUGCUAAUGAUGUCGAAUGCGGGAAUGAAAAUGCACAGACAGACAUGGAACCAUAGGUGUGUUUAAGCAUUAGAGACGAAAUGAUUAUACAGACCUAUCGGUAGUUGCUGACACCUACAGUGAUAAUAGACGAAUAUCUGAUUGCAGCGGACUGACGUAAUUCUAUUUACUGCAAUAGACGGCCAUCCUAAUUGAAGGCUAGGUGUCUACUUCACCUUCUAUACAAAUUAAUGAUCGACUAAUACUGAAGUAGUGCAUAACAGACCUGCUUUGUAAUAUCAGCGUCAGUGUCACCAACAGAAAAUACUUAUAGAACGUAGUAGGCACCGGUGACACCAAUAUUAGAAGCAGAUGUUAGCUAAUUUAUAGACAUAUAAAAACGUUUCUGCUAAACGACUUUGUUGGCAAACUAGAAAAACGUGACAUGAUAGCAGGCACGACAAUGAACAUGAGGGAGGAAAGCAGACGCGCUCUGGACAUAAGUAGCUACUCUUGAAAAAAAGGUGCUCGUUUUAAAGUGAAACGUAGGGUCUGAGGUGGACUCGAAUCGCUUGUAUAAGAGUGAAGCUCGUGACGAUAUGACUGUUAUUAACGCUUAUAUCAGACCUCUUCCGUUAGGCACGUUACUACAUAUAUGACUAAUGUACAAUUUAGACUUGUUACAUAAUUGAUUGAUGGAUCAAUUUGCUAUUUACAAGAAUCGCCAUCAAGUGAAAAUAGACAUUCUUGUGCGGUGUCCGGACGUAUCGCAGUGGUCAUGCGAAACUUACGAGUGUGAAUUACUUGAACAGUUAGUGACUCACGGCAGAAUGUACGAUUCGUCAGCGAAGGCAAGUCCGUUCUUCUGUCUCACCUGUGUGUAAUUUUUUGGCGAGUAACAACGUUGCUUCGUUUCAUGACAACAUCAAGUUAGAAAGGUGAAGAAGUAUACGAAAAAAUAAAGCAUAUUCAAAGAAGGCCUAUUGGCGCUUAACGUUCGGAAUCAGCGUUCUUCAAGUGAAAUCCAGUGUAAUCAUCGCAUUGUCCCCCACUGACGGCACCACACCCUUCAUUGCUCGGCAGGUGGCGCGCACAAGAUGGCGGGAGCCAAAGCUGGAAUUCACGUGGUACAACUCAAGCCAAUCUCGGUACCGCAGGCACUACAGAAUGGCAAUAAGUUCGUAAAAUGGGACGAGGAUUCUCCAGUCGGGACUCCAGUCACCUUGAAGGUGGAUAACAAGGGAUUCUAUUUGUUCUGGACCGAUCAGAACAAUGAAACUGAGUACUUGGAAAUCUCAAGUAUUCGCGACACCCGCACGGGAAAGCAUGCAAAGACCCCGAAGGAAGGCAAGCUCAGGGACUCCAUCAAUAUUGGAGCAAAGGACGCAUCACUGGAAGACAAAAGCGUCACGGUUGCGUAUGGGGCAGAUUACGUGAACGUAUCGUUCAUUAACUUCUGUUGCGGUUCCCGAGAGAUAGCCCAGUUAUGGGCGGAUGAACUACUCGUGAUGGCGACGAAUCUUCUGUUUAUAAACGCACCUGUUAUUUCCUUUCUGGAGAAAGCAUUCACACGAAUUCUGCUAUCCACUGACAAAGAUGGCAAGAUACCUGUCAAAAGUAUCGUGAAGAUGUUAGCGAAUCACAAAGAUGACCGAAGGCGAAUCGAAAAGUCACUGGAGGCGUGCGGCAUCGCGGGUGGCAAAGGCGAUUACAUAACCCCCGACAAGUUUUCCUUCGAAGCGUUUUAUUCAUUUUAUAGACACCUGACAGCACGCUCAGAAAUAGAACAGGUCUUCGACUACUUGUGUGGGGGACACAAGAAAAAAACUAUGACUACGGAGCAGCUAGUGGAUUUCCUAAACAAAGAGCAGAGGGACCCAAGACUUAACGAAAUUUUAUACCCGUAUGCCACCCCUUCUCGAGCACGGGACCUCAUCAAGCAAUACGAGCCCAACAAAAGCAACGUUCAAAAAGGAGUGCUCUCUUUUGAAGGCUUUCUCCGAUACCUACUCAGUGAAGAUAACGCAAUAAUCGCUCCUGAGAAAAUUGAUUUGAGUCAGGACAUGGACCAGCCGAUGAACCAUUACUUCAUCAACUCGUCGCAUAAUACCUAUUUAACAGGCCACCAGCUCACCGGAAAGUCAUCUGUCGAGAUGUACCGACAAUGUCUGCUUUCGGGCUGCCGAUGCAUCGAGCUGGACUGCUGGAACGGUCGAAACAGCGACGAGGAGCCAAUUAUUACUCACGGCUAUACUGUGGUGACUGAGAUUCUUUUGAAGGAAGUGAUUGAAGCGAUCGCAGACUCCGCUUUCAAGACCUCACAGUACCCGGUCAUUCUUUCCUUCGAAAACCAUUGUUCGCCUAAACAACAGGCUAAAAUGGCGCAAUAUUGCACCAAGAUCUUCGGGGACAUGUUGCUCACGGAUCCCUUAUCAAGUCACCCCCUGAAGAGCGGUACUCCACUACCUUCCCCCAACCAGCUCCUGCGUAAGAUCAUUAUCAAAAAUAAGAAGAAGCACCAUCCGAGACCACACAAGCCUAUCCCGGGGUCUAGUUUGCCGGCAUCAGCGGCCAUGACGCCAGGCCAUAGGCCUGCGGGAAUCUCAGGCGGAACCCAGCAACAGCCACAAGGCUUCCCUCCAUCUCAAGACAGUCCCCAAUCAUCCUUGACGCAACCCUCUUCAACUUCGCCCACCCAAACCGCCGGCCAGGGUCAGCUUGACGACCUAAACCCAACGGUUGGUCCCAGUAUACUACAGCAAAUCAACACAGAUGAAAACAGCGUCUCCUAUGCAGAAUCCGACGGGUCAGAAGGAACAGACUCGGAAGAAGAAGAAUCGGGGGCAUUCACAGCUGUUACUGAUUCUUCGAAUGUCGAAGGAACCGCCGCCAGCGAAAGCGAGGCCGUAGCCGAAAUGUCUGCCCUCGUCAAUUAUUGUCAACCCGUCAGGUUCCAUUCGUUCGAGUACGCUGAAAGGCGUGAUCGCUCUUAUGAGAUCUCAUCGUUUGUUGAAACGCAAGCGACCAACCUGUUAAAAGAGCAUCCUGUUGAAUUUGUAAACUACAACAAACGACAACUCAGUAGGAUAUACCCUAGUGGCACACGGGUGUCCUCUAGCAACUAUAUGCCGCAGGUGUUCUGGAACGCCGGCUGCCAACUCGUGGCGCUUAAUUUCCAAACGUUGGACCUAGGGAUGCAGCUAAAUUUGGGCAUUUUUGAAGUAAACGCAAGGUCCGGCUUCCUGCUCAAGCCCGAUUUUAUGAGAAGGCAGGACCGUCGAUUCGACCCCUUCGCUGAGUCCACCGUAGACGGCAUCAUUGCGGGAACCGUCUCCAUUAGAGUUAUAUCCGGGCAAUUCCUAACUGAAAAACGAGUAGGUACGUAUGUUGAAGUAGACAUGUACGGCCUACCCGCAGACACAGUUAGACGGAGAUUCCGAACGCGAACAGUUCCGGCAAACGGUAUCAACCCCGUGUACAAUGAGGAGCCAUUUAUUUUCAAAAAGGUAGUUCUGCCGGAUCUGGCUGUGAUUCGCGUUCAGGUGUGUGAAGAAAAUGGCCGUUUUCUUGGUCACCGCGUGCUGCCCGUGGUGGGGUUACGCCCGGGCUACCGGCACAUCUCUCUAAGGAACGAGGCGGGGCAGCCCUUGACGCUGCCUACGCUCUUCGUCCACAUUACAGUUAGAGAUUACGUACCGGAUGGGCUUUCCGAGCUCGCAGAUGCCCUGGCUAACCCCAUCCGAUAUCAGUCGCGGAUAGAGAAGCAUGCCACCCAACUGUUGGCACUCACUGGAGGAGAUGACGAUGAACCUGCGGAAGAUAGUUCCACGACGGAGCAAAAAUUGACCGCCGACACUUCCGAUUUUUUGGCAAGACCGGGGAGUAAUAAUAGCAUCCUACCGGAACGAUCGCACCACACGAUGCAGGUGUCGUUAGAGGGUGCACGGGAUCACUCACCUGCUUCAAGUGUAGAAUAUAGUGCGCAUGGACCAGGAGCUAUACAUUCCAUAUCUCGCGAUGGCCCAACCGCUAUACCUACAGCAACUAACCUAGCUGAACGUAACGUAGUUAAUGAGUCGGCCAAUGGAACAACUUGCCAGUCACCAACCAAGCACCCUUCUCCCCAGAUUUUGUUCCGACAAGACACGAUGGGAAGCUCUCAGCCACAGCAGCAGGCAACAACGAGUCUUUCAAAUGACGUGGCGGUCGAAGCAGGUGUUUCUUCAGCGUCCGGUUCGCUUCUUGAGUCGAGUCAGGUUACCGCCCAGGGUUUGGAAAAAAUUAGGGAGACUAAACCAGUGGUAAAGGUACUUGCUAAAUUGGAAAAAGAUUUAUUAGCAGUGCGCAAAAAAUUUGAGAAGUUAAAAGAUCGUGAACGUGAAUCGGAACUACAAAAAGAAGAGAAGUGUAUACAACAACAUCUGCAACAACAUCCACAUUCAGCAAGCGGAGGCGCUUCCGUUGCAUCUGUAGCGGGACGCAUGAAACUUGUCGCAAAAACCACAGCGCGUCUGGGGAAGAAGAUGUCAUGUGGUGACGUUGGACACGUACGAAAUGAUGGCGGUCCGUCAGAAGAACAGCGACUUAAGAUCGAGCAAAUGCAACGAAGCCACGCAGAAAGUGUGGCUGCCAUUUUACGAGAGCAGUAUAAAACCGAGAUGCAGAUUCAACAAAAAUAUUCAGAUGCGGUAUUUUCAGCAAUGGAGAAAGCGAUGCUUCUAUCACAAACUCAACAAAAUCAACAGCUUCAAGAUCUACAUGAUAAGGAAGUGGCUGAACUUAUGAAGCGUCUAGAGACAUCGACUAAAGACGAUAUGAAACUCCUUAUUAAGAAACACAAGGACAAGAACGAGCUCGACCGAAUCAAGCGCGAACUACAGCAGAAGAUGAUUGGCGAAGCCGUCACCGAACGUCAAAAGAUGAGCUGCAUUUUAGAGAAGAAGAAAAAGGAGUUGGAGAAACAACACGAAGAAGUACGCCGUAGACUAGAAGAGGAGCGAAGCCAGGCGACGGUACAGUACCAACGCCAGUACAACGAUAAAUGCAGCCUGCUCGACGCGCAACUAGCUAAAAAUCCGGCAUCGUUCUUGGACUCUGUAGCCCCAUUGCACCGGCACCAGUCAGAAAGGAAACAAAGUACACACGUGUAAUCUACCCGAAUAGUCUAUUUCCAUCAAAAAGUACAAGAAAAAACAAUCGAGAUGCUCGAUAACGUCCCUUAGGUAACUAACGGACCAGUGGGGAGGUCAUCUUUCUGUCAACGAUGAACCCAGAUAUCCUAACCAGAGAUUUGACUGCGCACCUUAAAACAAUGGGACGUAAGUCAACUGGCGAAUUUGUUUUGCUUGAAUUCUAAUCGCCAAAAAGUUAUGUGGGGCGGAAGUGUCGCAAAAAUAAUUUUCGGUUAAGUUGUUACCAAUACAGGGUUACCAAAGAGCUGUUGUUCUCUUGAUCGCCAUUUACGGGCUUUAUGCUAACCCCCUGACCGUGGCGAUAAUCACGAUGGGGUCGGGCUAUAUAUAUACAUAUUUGCUCGUGUUCGUCUCGAAUUAUGGGACAGAGCGGGAAUUUAGCGGUAAGAGGCGACAUUAAAGGCACUAGUAUAGUUAUUACACCAGCAGCCAACUGGUGGCGCAACAACGGGAGCCCCGCGACAAAGAUAUUUCCUUGCAACAUCCUUCAGCCGUUCGGUUACACAUUACGAUCAGCCGUGAACUCAGAAUGUCAGUCACCCAAUAAUUCCUUAGAACUGGAACGAUGUUAUUUGGACUUUUUAAGCGAGUUUAAAUAGCGCUAGAGAGAAGUCGCACGGCCGAGGCUUUGAAUAUAGAACCAGAAUAAAGCAAGUACGUCUUCUUAUUAUAAUUAAGCAUGGACAAAGGGAACGGCUAGUUAACAGGCCACCAUCUGAGGGUUAAAGUUCCUUUGUCCUUAGUUCGUAAGUUUCUACAGUUUAAUUCAGUCAAAACCUAAAUGUAAUAGAUACGUAUGCACAUAAAGAACAAAACUCGCUUGUGCACUAGUCGAUGCUCAUUCUAACUUCAGGCUCAAAAGCAAGGAUUUAGGAGGAAAUGACACGACAAGUGUAGUGUUUAUUUUAUUCAGCUUCGUCCCGCCUAGCUCAAGAAAGGAAAGAUCGAAACAUGUUUGUAGUUGUUGAGUGUCCGUAAUAUGAAAGCAUUCAUUUUCAUAACCUUGUUAUAAUUUUUAAUGCAGUCGACAAGAUGAACUUGCGAGUUACCGGCCAACGCGCAUUCCCAAAUCGCACGCUUGUCAGACGCUAUGCACUGCUCGAAAAUAUAAUGUUGUCAGUCAGAUUUAAUGCAACCCUCACCAGUAUCAAUAUCGCCCCUCCCGAGAAACACUACCCACUGCACUAGUAAUAAUAAGUGAUAGGCUUACAACAUAUACCAUUGUUAAGAUAAAAAAAAAUCGAAGCUCAUUAUCGAUCCCGGUGGCUUGUAUAAAACUCGGCAGGGCAUAAACUGCAUAAUAAAAUGGCAGGGAAUGCAGAACGGGGG